UUUGGAGACUACGGGAACGGUGUAAAACUGCUGAUUGCUGGGAAGGAGAAAGGAAGUGAAGAGGAAGAUUCGAUCUGUUUGUGACCCUGGGACUGUGCAAUGGGACAGUAUGGAAGGCUUCCUCUGACAACGGUUACUUCCCCUCGCUGAGCUCAGAGACACAGAGGGCCAUCGACAGAAUGGACAAGAGCGAGACUUUCAAGAAGAAGCAGCUCGCAAAACCGGACUCACUGUCUCCAUCGGGAGCUAAACCUGAUGUAUCGUAUGUGGAACUUCAUUUCAAAUCCCUCUCUGUUCCCCGGGUCCGGACGAAUGGAGAUGGUCUGAUCUCCACCUACACAGAGGUGAACUUUCGAAGAGACGAUCCCUUCAUCGACGAGGACGAGGAUGCUCACAUCACCUCAGGACCCAGAGGGAUGCCAACUACUGCACAAACAGCUGCGCAUGUUCAGCAGUCGAAAGUGAAGAUCGGAAAUAGACCGUACCGUCUGAUCUGCCUACUCUGCCUAGUUACAGCCGCCCUCAUCGUGACAGUGGCCGGUCUCUUGAUCCACGGAAUGCACAGCGAUCUCCGUCACCGGUUCACUGAGAUGGAAACGAAGUACAGAUCUGUCAACGAAACCAAGGCUGAAAUCUGUGAUUUUUUGACCAGCAGAAGAGAGCAGGCCUGUUCCAAGGACUUUGUCACAAAUACUGACAGGCGGUACUACGUAUCCAAAUUUGCAACAUCUUUCCUAAAAGCGAUGCAAGAAUGUUCAAAACGUGAAUCAAGUCUUCUUGAAAUCAAUUCCCGGGAUGAAGCGAGUUUUGUUAUCUGCUCUCUUAUCCGCCGGAACGUUACUUACUGGAUUAGACAAUGCGAGACCGGGGAUGAUGCCACUGGUCUGCUGUACAAUGUGUCCUCCGGAAGGUCCUCCUGCAGUGCAUGCGCAUCGAGUGGAGGGAGUGACAAUUGCCUUCAUGAGAACCACCAUUUCAUCUGCGAGUAUUCUGCCCCCUGCUGGCCGGAUAUUCCUGAAGAGAUCCAGCUUCUCUGUCAACAGCCCGGACAGCCGACUUGAAUCAAAUGAUUUUCCCUUUCUUUCCCUUCCAUAUCUCUCGUCCACUCUCACUCAGCCCAUCCACUCAAAAUCCUCCCUGCAGUGUCUGCCCCCACCUGUUACUCUAUUGUCCUCUUUUUGCAACCCCGUUCUCCCCACCACACAUGGACAAACACCGCUCUCCAUCUAUCCCCUUCUUUCUCGCCAUCCCUCCCCCAGCCAGCUCUUCCUCACUCCCACUAUCUUUCUACCCCCUCUCCUCAUUCUACUUCCUCGACCUUUCUCCGCCCGUUAUUUAACCAGUCUCUUUCAACCUCUUUAUAGUUCCCUCCCUUUCCCCCCCUCUCUACCGCACUCUCUCCUUCUCCACUCCGUUCACUCUAACACCUGCCUCCCUCUGAUCUCGCUCUUUCUAUCUCCUCUCCACCUACUCUGACCUAAAUCCUGUCCCGUCUGGGUCGCGAUGCCCCAGCUCUGGGUCAAAGUCUAUGCGCAUACCGUCAGUCUGUGCCCCUCUUGAGUUUAUGCAACUCUGUACGCUGCAGCGAAUAAAGACCCCUUCCUCUCUCCACCUCUGUUACUCGAGUCCCGGCAAUAUUCCUGUAAAUCUCCCUCUACAUUCUUUCCGGCUCAAUGGCAUUUUUUUCCCAGAGCAGGGCGACCAAAACUGUGCGGGCUCACUGACGUCCUGUCCCACGGCAACGUGACCUCCCGUCACAUGUACUCAGUGUCCUGACCAGUGAAGACCAGCGGGCCAACUGUCCUGUUCACUCGCAUCGGAUGUUUCCUACUAGAAUCUCCAUUUGAUUUAUUAUCUAAG